AUGGCACAAGCUGAGCGCACUGUUCAAGGCUCCCGCACCAAGCUCCUGACUGACCCUUUUGGCUAUGGUAGGUUCUUAAUGAAAUGCGCGAACGAGACAGUGACUAUUGAGCUCAAGAAUGGCACAAUUAUCCAUGGCACCAUAACAUCAGUCUCGCCUCAGAUGAACACAGCGCUACGCACAGUCAAGAUGACCCCGCGCGGUCGAGAACCCAUUUCUUUGGAUACAAUCAAUCUUAGAGGCUCGACUAUCCGCUACUACAUCCUUCCCGACUCGCUGCCUUUGGAUACACUUUUGAUCGACGAUGCGCCGAAGCCAAAGAACAAGGCCCGGAAGGAAGUCGCUGAUAGAGGAGGUGUGAGAGGCAGAGGCGGGCGCGGGGGCCCAAGAGGGCGUGGAGGUCCACGUGGUGGUGGUGGCAGAGGCCGAGGAGGUGGAAGAGGCUUUUAA